CCACCCUUCAUUGUCCUUGACCAUCGACGGAAUGGCGGCCAGGAAACUCCAAACCGAAAUUGACCGAACCCUCAAGAAAGUCUCGGAGGGCGUCGAGCUAUUCGAAAGCAUAUACGACAAAAUGCAGGCAUCGACAAAUCAGCCUCAGAAAGAGAAACUCGAGCUGGAACUGAAGACGCAAAUCAAGAAACUGCAACGUUUACGAGACCAGAUCAAGAACUGGCUGACGAGUAAUGAUAUUAAAGACAAGAGUCAGUUGCUGGAGAAUCGGAAACUAAUAGAGACGCAAAUGGAGAGAUUCAAGGCGACAGAAAAGGAAAUGAAGACGAAGGCGUUCUCGAAAGAAGGGCUUAUACAAGCGGCCAAGCUAGAUCCGAAGGAGCAGGAGAAGGAGGACACGAUAGCCUGGUGUCAAAGUCAGGUCGAGGAGUUGCAGAUGCAAGUGGAACAGGCAGAAGCGGAGAUCGAGACCCUGCAGGUUACAGGGAAGAAGAAGAACAAGUCGGGAUCUGCGGCCAGUCGACUAGACGAACUGGAGACCUUGAACGAGCGACGAAAAUUCCACAUCGGACGAUUGGAAAUCAUUCUGCGGCUCUUGAAUAACGGAUCUCUCUCGGCGGACAAAGUGCUGUCGCUGAAAGAAGAUGUGCAGUACUAUGUUGAAACCAAUACGGAGGAGGGCGUCGGCGAAGAUGAUGGAAUCUAUGACGACCUCAAUCUCGACGAAGAGGAAGAACAAUUUGGCAUAGCGGCUGAAGACGAUGAAUCGGACGACUCUGAUGAAGCUAGCGAAGAUCUCCCCCCACCUCGACCGUUGCCAAAGAAGAUUGACGAAGAAAGCGCUGCCAAUAGCAAAAGUCCAAUAUUAAAGAAGGCCGCAGUCACUCUACAACUUCGAACUACACCAUCCAAACCUCCACCGCACCCAAAUUUUGCGCAACAACCUAUGUCAAGUAUUUUGAAAGCUGGCCUGCCUUCGGCACCGGCACCGGCACCGGCACCUCCGCCAGCACCAACAAGACAGGCCACGUUGCCAGCCGUGCGGUAUUCCGUUGCCGCGGCUGGAGGAAGCAAUGUGCAUGCUUCUACUUCCUCCCAACCUGCACCCCCAGCACCUGUUGUCAUGUCGCCUUCCGCUGGGCGAUCUCAAGCAAGUCCGCCCACCGACACAGCGUUGUCGUCACCCAGUCUGACUCAUCCUUCCGUGACAAGUCCGAUGCUGUCAUCGUCUGCCUCCGUCUCUCAUCAGCCGGAUUUCUCGUCUCCUGCGCUGUCGGAAGGCGUGCCAAGCUCUCUCGGGGGACCAGCGGCAACCUCCUCACCCCCUAGACCGCGCAAUGACUCACCAUCACGAGCAGAUACCCAUUCUCCCAGUCCACCGUCAUCAGCUGCCAUACCUCGACAGUCUACGCCUCAGUUUCCUCCCGGGGUCAAGAUGUCGCAGAGCGAGCAGUCCGUGGGAACAGCACCGUCGCGGACCAGUGCUGGUGCCUUCCCAGGGUCUUUAUCCGAUCUCGUGGUGUCUUUCGAGGGGGUCAAGCAAAAGGCCGCAGUACGGAUGUCGAAUCUCGAUCAGGUGCACAAGAUCCUCCAGGGCGGGUAUUCCAACGUCCCUCAACCGCAGGACACCGAAAAGGCCAAAUACUACGUGCCUCGCAAUCCGUUCACGACACAGGCCUAUUAUCCUCAAUCGCCGCAUCCCCUGUUGAGUACUGCCGCAAUCUUCUCGCAGCUUGACGUAGAGACGCUCUUUUACGUGUUCUAUUAUCUGCCCGGGACCUAUCAGCAGUACCUUGCGGCCAAGGAGCUGAAGCGCCAGUCGUGGCGAUUCCAUGUCAAAUACUUGACAUGGUUCCAGCGACACUCGGAGCCUCAGGCGAUUACUGAGGAGUACGAGCAAGGCAUCUAUGUCUACUUUGACUGGGAGGGAUCGUGGUGCCAGCGUAAGAAGUCCGACUUCCGAUUCGAGUACCGAUAUCUGUCGGAGGACUGA